AUGGGAAACUAUCUCUCGCCGCUUUUCGGCUCUGAACCCGAACCGCAAAAUGUGGCCGGCCCCCAGCAGAACAGGAGAUACCGGCAAGUGGGGUAUGGAGUUAACGAUUUGUCCGCGUCUGCCGACACUGUAUCUGUGAGGUGAGAACGAGUCUUGCCACGAAAUGUCGAACCUUGGACCAAACGUGAUCAAAUUAAGUUAAAAAUGUUCAGACCACAGUCUCUGCCAUCUGCCGAACAUCGCAACGCAUUCGACAGUUUUAAGCGCCGUAAUAAAGUCGAUACUGAUUCAUCUCACGUGGAAUAUAAUCUCCACAAACUUGAGGUUAGUGAAACUUUCAAAUAUUUAAAAAAAAACCUAAUAUACCUACUUUUUUAGGGUGUUGACAUAAACGAUCUGUAUCGUAUGGAAAGAGACUUCAACGAGUUCAGCAAGUUCUAUCCAUGCCUACCUAUAACGUCCACGAGAGCGAAGAAUGAAAGGAGAAGCGGUACACAGAAUGUGAUGGACUCGUUCACUCACUCCGACGCAAUCCGCUUUGCCGUUUCAACAUUUGAAUGGCAGAGCAUAUCUGCAAAUUCUUUGAGUUCACUGCCACGCCGCCAAUACACGGUACUCGUAACUCAGCCGCGGCCAAGCUCAACUAUUGUGGCCUACUAUCGCGUGGUGUGUGAGUUCGAGAAGAAAUACAUUCUGGAAGCGUGUCAUAUGGAUUUGCUCGGUUUUCAUCGCGUCGAUUUGAGAUUUGUGGAAGUGACCGAUCGGACAUCAGUGAAUGGAUUGGAAAAGCGCAGUGCCAUUGGAAUAUUGUUAAUCGGAGAUGUUGUGGCAGUGCAUUCGUUGGCGAAGAAUCUCGGCACGUUUGAGAUUGCCGAUCCGUCUCUCGAUGUUUUGAAUCGGUUAUCCGUUCAGCCGUGCGCGUGGAUGGUUUGUAAGAUGGAGGUUUUGAAUCGAAGACAGAGAAAAGUUCAAUUCAUUAUCAAAAAUGGAGCUGUAAUUGUCAUCAAAGGCUGUAAAAAUGCGCACAACUUCAUUUUGGCCAGUAACUUAAACUUGCAAGAGGAUAUUCUGUACACUGGAAAUAUGAGCCUAACGAUGAGGCCUUCACAUCCCUAUUCACAAGGUUGGCUCAAGGAGAAGUCACAGAACCUUGAAGAAGAAGCAGCCAAAUUUGCAAAGUUCCCAUUUCCGGAUGGAGUGAUUUUUAGGGCUACCCCGUGUGAUGCUGAGAAACAAAAGAAGAUAUUAAAGUCUGUAAGGAGGAAGGAAAAGAGAACGAAAAACGAAGAAGUCAGACAAGAGAGUGAAACACAAAAUCAGAUGUCCAAACAGUUUGGAAAAGAGCACGAUAGUGGGUCCGGACUAUCAGAGCAAGAAGCGAGUUCAAUUCAUUCUAUCCCUAUCGACAAUAUGCAUCGUCUUACAGAAACCCAAAUCGGGAGCACAACUCGACGUGGAGCGUGAAGCCAACGUGUUCUCUGAAUUUUACACGUCCGACAAGAACCAAGUGAAACUAGUUGACAUUGGUCCAGUUCACAAAGCUCUUCGAAAGUACAAACAUCUCGACGCUCUCCGAUUUGCUGCCGAAUCGAGCGUCUGGAAGGCCAACCUGCAAUCCUCUUUGCCACGGCUACCACGUCAAAAAGACCGGCUGACGUCUUUGGACUUCCCUACCGGCUUCUCGGACUCUAAAAUCAACGCAUUUUACCGUGUCAUCGACGAGAAGGCCGACAAGUACAUUCUGGUGGCGUCUCAUGUGAAUGUGCACGGAUUUCAUCGUGGCGACCUUCGAUUUGUGGAAGUCAACGAUCGAACUGUGGUCGAGGGAUUCGAGGGCAAGAGUGUCGUUGGUCAACUGUUUCUGGGAGACACUGUGGCCGUCACUAAACUCACUCAAACCGAUAGUUCGACUCCGACAACUCCGAAAUCCGUGUUCCAAGUGACCCAUGCGACGCCGUGCACGUGGAUUGUCGCCAACAUGUGUGUGCUUCCGAGGAACGAGCAGAACAAUCUCAUCUUUUCGGUGCUCAAAAACGGAGCGGCUAUUGUGAAAGGAUGCAAUGAGGCGAUGAAUGUCGUCGUAGAUCCAAAGAAGCAGCCGAAGGAAACAAGUCCGAUGGCCGAUCACUUGUACCGCGGAUCGGGUUUUUUCCCGGAGAGUGUCGAGUCGAUUUUCGCUUGGGAUUACGACAGAAUGCACAAAAUCGGUGUUACGAGUGUGGCCGCCAAGAUCCCCACUUAUCCGAAACCUCUGGGGACCAUCUACUCGUUCGAGUAUUCCGCGGAACUCACCGAGCAGUUCAAUAUUGGAUGCAGUGCGUUUGAGCAGAAAAGUGAGCUUUCCAUUCUGUUUUCCGUCAACUAUUUGUCCUCUUUUUCAGACCAUUCCGGCCCAGAUGGCGCAGAAGUGGUGCAAACUUGCGCAGUGAUGGGAUACUCUGCUGCUCAGACCGUCUUCAACGGCCGAUUCGACUCGCGAACUUUUGAAAUGAGCAAUAUCAGAAAGAACGGAUUGCUCAUCUUCUUCUUCAUCCCCAAUCCGCGUGGGCAACCGACACUCGGAAAGUGGACCUCGAACAAUCGGAUCAAGAUCGGCGGACGGUUCGCCGGCGAGGUCAACGCUGUCAUCGAGACUGCGAUCGCCGGCGGUGAAUUUUUGCAAAUUGUGGCCCGCAUCUCGAGAGCUGCUCCCAGAAACUUGCAAUUCAACAACGAGGAGCAGUACGUGGUGUCACAGAAGGAGCCAUUCGAAGCCAUUCUCUUGCCCGACAUCUUCUACCAAAUGAUGGAUCCGACCACCAACGGCGCCCGAAUCAUUAGGACUCUCUACGGGGGUUCGAGGAUUGAACGGGUUACGAGGGCUUCUGAAUCGAAUAACAUUUUUAAGUUUGGCGACGUGGUGCUCAACGAUUCGCAGCGCGAAUACGUGCAAAUGGUGUUGGAUCGGAAUCCGAUGGUCAUUGGAAGUUCGCCGUUCGGGUGCGGAAAGUCGAUGACGAUUGUGACCGCCGCAUUGGAGCUGAUGGCACGUGAGAAGGAUCAGGAAUCCGGGAAAAAGAAAGAGCACAGCCAACAGCUUCUGGUGACGCAGAGCAACUACGCGAGCGUCAAUUUGGUGCACAUCAUGGACAAGGUCAAGGACUCGAGGACGUCAUUCAAAUUUCUGCGAUACGUUUCUGACAAGAACUGGGAAGAGCUGCCGGACGGAUGCCGGACCGAUCACGAUCUUCCAAAGCUGAUGGGCGACGAGUUCUUGAAGUGGGCGACCGAUCCUAUUGGUAGUGGAGGAAAGGAACUCGGAAACCGGAGGAAAUUUAUCAUUAUGAAGUAUCUGAUGGCCACUGGCCGUGUGGAUUCGGAGCGGCUCAGUGCCGACGCAAAAGAGAUUUACGAGCAGAUUCAGAGCAGUUUGAAAAAUGAAAAGCUGAAGAAACCGUUUCCUGGGGAGCUCAUAGAACCAUUCCUCAUACUUUUCACUCCGGACAUCAUAAUUUCCACCGUGGAUUCUCUUCAAGGACUGCUCAGUUAUGGAAUUGUGAAGGAAGUGAGCACUGUACAAGUCGACGAGGCCAGCCAAGUGCCCGAGUACACCCUCAUCAAUCUCUUUGCAACUUUCCCGGACGCCUGCUUCAGUCUCAUCGGAGACACCCGACAACUGCCGCCCUAUUGCGAGGAUGAGUUGACCGGCAAGUUGAAGGAGUACGGUAUCGGCAACACCAUGGAAAGGGCGCUCGAGGGUGGAAUGUUCCCGAAGACCACGCUGAAGUACGUCUAUCGAUGCCAUCCGGUGAUCACGAGCCUGCUCAGUGAUAUUUUCUACGAGAGAGAUUUGAUUUCUGGAGUCAGCGAGGAACAGCGAAACACGUUUAUGAGGAAACGACCCGACUUUUGGCCGAAUCUUCAUUUUCCUAUGAUCAUUGUGGACAAUAAGGCAAACAGUCAACAAAUGGGAACAUCUAGUGGCAACAAGUCGGAAGUGCAGAUUGUGAAGCAACUCCUCCAAAUGCUCACGAAAAAGCACAAUGGCUACGAGUUGCACGCGCGCGACAUCGGCGUCAUCUCGUUCUACAGUGCGCAGACGUCGGUGCUGAUGGAAGCGUUGCGUGGGAGCGGCGUCAAGUGCGGCACAGUGGACUCAUUCCAGGGCACCGAACGGGAAGUGGUCAUAUUGUGCUGCACAAACGAGAAGCUCUCCGAGUUCAUGCAGCUCGCCAAUCGGUUGAAUGUGGCCAUGUCCAGGGCGCGGCAGGCCACUAUCAUCAUUGGAAAUGUGCACGGUCUGCGGAAGGCCAAGUAUUGGAGCACCAUUUUGGAGAAGGUCCACGAAAAUGGAUGUUUGAUGAAUAUGGUAAAAGGGUUACUGUGUCCUUGGCGAAUAUUUUUGUUACAGAAUGAGCCUGUACAGCCGAGCUUCCAAGGAAAUUAUGGUGGAUAUCGUGGAGAUCGUGGUCGAUUCAACAAUAUUUGA